AUGCCACAACUCAUUUUCCUCAUCAACAGCUCAGCAUACAUGUCCAGAAUCAGCCCCAAUGUGUGCGCGGUGCAGAAACUGAUUGGCACGAACAGGAAAUACUUCACCAACUGCAAGCAGUGGUACCAGAGGAAGAUCUGCGGGAAGUCAACAGUGAUCAGUUAUGAAUGCUGUCCUGGAUAUGAAAAAGUUCCUGGAGAAAAAGGCUGCCCAGCUGCGCUGCCACUCUCAAACAUCUAUGAAACGCUGGGAGUUGUUGGGUCUGCCACCACGCAGCUCUACUCUGACCGGUCUAACCUAAGGCCAGAAAUCGAAGGACCUGGAAGUUUUACGAUUUUUGCCCCAAGUAAUGAGGCCUGGGCGUCCUUGCCUGCUGAGACUCUGGACUCCUUAGUCAGUAACGUUAACAUUGAGCUGCUCAAUGCCCUCCGCUACCACAUGGUGAACAAACGAGUCCUCACAGAUGAUCUGAAACACGGGACCACACUUAACUCAAUGUACCAGGACCUGCCUAUCCAGAUUCAUCACUAUCCCAAUGGGAUUGUGACUGUGAACUGCGCCAGGCUGUUGAAAGCUGACCACCAUGCCACCAAUGGAGUGGUUCACGUCAUUGACAAAGUCAUUGCCACCACUACAAACAGCAUUCAGCAGAUCAUCGAGACUGAGGAAAGCCUGGAAACUCUUCGAGCUGCCGUGGCUGCUUCUGACCUCAACAGCUUGCUGGAAAGCGAGGGCCAGUACACACUCUUGGCUCCAACUAAUGAAGCCUUUGAGAAGAUCCCACGAGAAACACUCAACAGGAUCCUGGGGGACCCAGAAGCCCUGAGGGACUUACUGAACCAUCACAUCCUGAAGUCAGCCAUGUGUGCUGAGGCCAUCAUCGCUGGCCUGACGAUGGAGACUCUGGAAGGAACCACCCUGGACGUGGGCUGCAGUGGGGAAGAGCUGACCCUCAAUGGGAAACCCAUCAUUGCCAACAAGGACAUCCUGGCAACCAAUGGCGUUGUACAUUUUGUUAAUGAGCUGCUGAUCCCAGACUCAGCUAAGACCCUGUUUGAGUUGGCACAAGAAUCUGAAGUUUCCAAGUCUACAGACCUUUUCAGACAAGCUGGUCUCAGUUCUCAUCUAACUGGCAGUGAGCGUGUGACCCUCCUUGCCCCAGUGAAUGAUGUGUUCAAAGAUGGACUUCCUGUCAUUGACAACAACAUGAAAAAUUUGCUUCUGAACCAUAUUGUUAGAGAACAGCUGUCCUCUAAAUAUCUUUACCAUGGACAGAAACUACAGACUCUGGGUGACAAGGAACUGAGAGUUUUUGUGUACCGCAAUAACCUUUGCAUUGAAAAUGCCUGCAUUGCAGCCCAUGACAAGAGAGGAAGGUUUGGGACCCUGUUUAGUGUGGACAAAAUGUUGACUCCACCAUCUGGCUCAGUGAUGGAUGUUCUCAAGGCAGACCAUCGCUUCAGUACGUUGGUGGCUGCUAUCCAGUCUGCAGGUCUCACGGAGAACCUGAACAGGCCAGGUACCUUCACGGUGUUUGCUCCAACAAAUGAAGCUUUCCGAGCCAUGCCCCAAGGGGAACUGAACAAACUAAUGGGUAACGCCAAGGAGCUUGCCAACAUCCUCAAGUUCCACGUGGCCGAUGAGAUCCUGGUGAGCGGUGCAGUUAAUGCCCUUGUGAGGCUGAAGUCCAUGCAGGGAGAUAAACUGGAAGUCAGCAUGAAAAACAAUGUAAUACAUGUCAACAAGGAGCCUGUUGCUGAAAGUGAUAUCAUGGCCACAAAUGGUGUGAUUUAUGCCAUGAACUCUGUCUUACAGCCUCAAGCUUCAAGGCCACAAGAAAGAGGUGAUGAACCUGCAGACCCUGCAUUAGAAAUCUUCAAACAGGCAUCUGCGUUAUCCAAGGUUUCUCAGAGGAAUCCUCGACUAGCACCCGUCUACUCCCGGUUACUAGCGAGGAUGAAGAACUCGGGGGGAUUCUGA